ACUUUCAAUGAUGUCUUUUAUUACAACCCUUGAAGUACUCCGCCUAUAAAUAGCAGACCUGUGCCUUUGGAACUGCAUCAAACAUUAUAUCUUCCUGCUUUAUCGUAAAAGUUUAAGAGCUAAGAUCUUUAGGAAAAGAAGGAAAGCGUCCAAAUGGCAAAGCAUUCAGCUGAAGUUGUUGUUGAAGGAUUGAAGAAGAUUCUCCUCAAUGUCCAAGAAGAGCUGGAUGAGAAGGUUCAAAGCAAAGUUGAGAAGCUUAUCGCCGAGCUCCAAGGCAGAGAGCAUCAUCAUCAUCCUCCUCCUCCUCCUCCUUGUGACCAUGAUGCUCAAAGGCUAGACGAUGGCUUUCACUUCUUCAAGACCAACAUAUUUGACAAAAACCGAGAAUGUUUCAAGAAACUUGCAGAAGAUCAGCAUCCCAAGUUCUUGGUGAUUUCAUGCUCGGAUUCACGAGUAAGCCCUUCAGUCGUUUUGAAUUUCAAACCAGGAGAAGCCUUCGCCGGCCGCAAUAUUGCUAAUAUGGUUCCUCAAUUUGACCAGUUGAGACACACUGAAAUUGGUUCAGUCAUCGAGUAUGCAGUUAAAGAACUUCAGGUGGACAACAUAUUGAUAAUGGGACAUAGCCGUUGUGGUGGCAUAAAGAGGCUUAUGAGUCUUCCAGAUCAAACUCAAACAUAUGACUUCAUUGAUGAGUGGGUGAAAAUUGGUUUGCCAGCAAAGAAAAAGGUACUGGAAGAAGCUGGUGACCUGUGCCCCGAACAACAAAGAACGCUUUGCGAAAAGGAAUCAGUGAAGAACUCGAUGGGAAAUCUACUGACGUAUCCGUUUGUGAGGAGUGCAGUGGUGAAUGGAACAUUGACACUAAGAGGAGGUUACUAUGAUUUUGUUAAUGGAGAUUUUGAGCAAUGGAAGAUGUGUACCAAACCAUGCCACCCACAAUAAGGCCCUUUUGCCCCAUGCAUUAUCUAAAAUUUAAUUUAAGCUACUGAGAAUGUCUCCUUUACUA